AUGGCUUCAUCUCGUUUAUUCAAUAAUAUCGGAAGAAUUGGUAUUGGUUUAGCUAUUGCUGGUGGUGUGAUUAAUUCUAUGCUUUAUAAUAUUGAUGAUGGUCAUCGAGCUGUUAUUUAUGAUCGCUUUCAAAGUGUUAAACUAGAUGUUAUUGAAGAAGGAACUCAUUUUAUGAUUUCAUGGCUUCAUAGACCAAUUAUAUUUGAUGUUCGUACACGACCACGAUCUGUUCCAUCAAUAACAGGAACAAAAGAUAUAAAAGCUAGAGAAAAACAGUCAACUUCAGGAGAUAGCAUAAAUUAUAUUUUAUUAUUUAUUAUUUCAGAUUUACAAACAAUUAAUAUAACAUUACAUUAUGAAGAACGUUUGUUACCAUCAAUUACUAAUGAAAUUUUAAAAUCUAUUGUAACUCAAUUUGAUGCUAUUCAAUUGAUUAUACAACGUACACUUAUUUCCCAAUGUGUUAGUGAAUUAGUCACAGAAUAUGCUGUUCAAUUUGGUUUAUUACUUGGUGUUAUUUCAAUUGCUGAACAAAGUCGUCAAGCAAAUGUUAUUGCAGCAGAAGGCGUUGCUCGUACAGCUGAUUUGAUUGGCAAAGCUUUAGAUGAAGCUGGUGAUGGUUUUUUUGUUCGAUUAAAAAAAAAAGAAGAACAGAUCAAAAAUUCUCUAGAUGACAUUAAAGUUUCGAAUACGAUUGAAAUGAUGAAUUUCAAUAAUCUCUUUCGACAUUUUAUAUUAACUCAAUCAUUUGUACGUGGUUGGGCAAAUUCAUUUCAUUUACAAGAAAUUUUUACCUAUCGACGUGAAAAAAUUGAUGUAAGAGGCGAAUGUUUAAAACUUGUAUCAGCUGAAAAUGUACAACAAAAUACUGUUGAAAUAAUUAAACAAGAAAUAAAAAGCAAUCAAAAUUAUACAAAUGCUCGAUUUCGUUCACCAUUUGCCAAUUAUUUACUACAUUUGGUUUCACCUCAAGUAGCUACAGCUCAUUUUCAACUUGUUUUAUCAUGUGAUCAUCGUUUUGGUAUUGAUUCAAUUCCAAUAGGAAUUUGUUCAAUUCUUCUUGAAAAUUCAUAUUACGGUUUAAGAAAACCACCAGAUCAAUCUCGUUCAUCAUUAUUGUAUGUUACUGAUUUAUAUAUUAUGGCUAUUCUACAUGGUUUUUCUCUUGGUGGACAUAUGGCUUCAUUAGCAUUAACAAAAUGGCAUGAUCUACCUUGUCGACAAUUCUAUGAAAAUAAAGCCUCUCAAACAUUUUAUGAUUAUUUACGUGAACGAAAUUGA